AUGGCGAGUGGCUUGAGAAUCCUGGUCCCCGUCAAGCGGGUCAUUGACUACGCGAUCAAACCGCGAAUCAACAAGACACAAACCGGGGUGGAAACCGCUGGCGUCAAGCAUUCGCUGAACCCAUUCGACGAGCUCAGUGUCGAAGAAGCCGUCCGCCUGCGUGAGCGCAAAGGUCCUCUGAAAGUCGAGAAUAUCCUCGCGCUGUCGGCCGGCGGUGCCAAAUGCGCCGAUACGCUUCGGACAGCCAUGGCCAUGGGCGCUGACAAGGCGUUACAUGUCGAUGUCCCCGAGUCAGCGGACGGUGGACCGGAGCCAUUGACGAUCGCAAAGCUGCUCCAGAGCGUUGUGCAGAAGGAAAAUAUCAAUAUGGUGUUUCUCGGGAAGCAAGCCAUUGAUGGCGAUCAAGGACAGACAGGACAGAUGCUGGCAGGAUUGUUGGGUUGGUCGCAGGCGACCCAGGCCAGCAAAGUGGACAUCAAGGACGCAGAUGGCACGGUCGAGGUGACGCGGGAAGUCGAUGGUGGUGUGGAAACCCUAAAGGCGAAGCUGCCCAUAAUCAUCACGACUGAUCUGCGACUCAACGAGCCUCGCUAUGCCAGUCUACCAAACAUCAUGAAGGCAAAGAAGAAGCCUUUGGAGAAGAAGACAUUGGCCGACUUUGGCGUGGAGGACAAGCGACGACUCAAGACUGUCAAGGUUACUGAACCCCCAGCGAGACAAGGUGGUGGUAAGGUCGAGGAUGUUGAUGGACUCAUUUCGAAGCUCAAGGAACUCGGCGCUCUGUGA